ACUAUAUCCACUUUGUUUUUUACACGUAGAAAAGACAGGAAGUAUACUAUAUAUAUUUUGACAUCCUUAUCCUAAGCUCUCCCUUUCCAUAUUCCUAUAAAUGUGAGGCUAUACAUUUUGUAAAAUUUCAAAGAGUUCCACGUUUCAACAUUCGUAUACUAUAUUACAGGAGAAGACAACAGCAACAGUUGGAUUUUCAAGCCAUUCAACUAUAUAAAUUAGUAAGAGAUAGAGGAAUACAUUAAGCAACCCAAAUUCUGCUAAGCAAUAGGAUGGAAUAUCAUGACUCCAUGAGCAAAUUUCUGGCCAACAAAGAUGGGCUUACUGCAUUUAGAGAUUUCUUGAAGUCAGAAUUUAGUGAUGAAAACAUAGAGUUUUGGUUGGCCUGUGAGGACUUCAAAAAAACCAAAACACCAUGCCAACUUCCUGUUAAAGCAAACAAAAUAUAUUGUGAAUUCAUCAAAACUGAAGCGCCAAGAGAGGUAAAUAUUGACCACAAAACAAGAGAACUGAUCUCCCAGAAAAUGUCACAGCCAACAGUUAAUUGUUUUGAUGAUGCUCAGGAACUUAUCUUGUGCCUUAUGGCAAAGGACUCAUUUCCUCGUUUUUUAAGGUCAGAACAUUAUAAAGAGUUGAUGAAGAAGCAAGAAAAUAAUGGACAAAAAAGGUGGUUAUCCUUCUAAUAAUGAAUGUGUCACCAUACAGUGUAAUUAUUAAAUAAUUUUACUAGUCAGUGUCAUUUAGAACAAUGUAUUUUGAAAAAACAUUUAAAUAAACAUAA